AUGAACGACGCAAUUCCUCUGACCGAAGCACCUCUUCGUCAUUCGUUGCAUUUCCAGAGUCAAAGAAAGAGUUCUUUUGCUAAAGAUCCCAACAAGACUGUCUAUGAGAAAGUUAACUUCUAUGUGGACAGCAAAUAUGAAAUAAUCAAUAUGUUAGGGAAAGGCUCUUACGGAACGGUUUGUUCCGCCAUAAACUCAAAAGCAAAUGGAAAGCCUUCUCUUGCCAUUAAAAAGGUUUGCAAUAUAUUCAAUAAAGAGGUCUUACUCAAAAGAGCCAUAAGAGAGUUGAAAUUGAUGGCAUUUUUCAAAGGACAUAGAAACAUUAUAAAUUUGAUAGAUUUGGAUAUCGUAUACAUCAAACCAUAUGAUGGACUUUAUUGCUUCCAGGAAUUGGUCGAGUACGAUCUUGCAAAGGUGAUCCAUUCUUCAGUACAAUUCUCCGAGUAUCAUAUUCAAAGCUUUAUCUAUCAAAUACUAUGCGGUUUGAAAUACAUUCAUUCGGCUGAUGUUAUCCAUAGGGAUCUUAAGCCGGGGAAUAUUUUGGUAACCUCACAAGGAGUGCUAAAAAUUUGUGAUUUCGGUUUGGCUCGUGGAAUUAAUGAAAACUUCCUGAGAUUCAGCCAUAGAUCUCCUGCUAUUACCCAUUAUGUGGCCACCAGAUGGUAUCGGGCUCCCGAACUUAUAUUAUCCAGAAAAGGGUAUGGGAAACCGGUUGAUAUGUGGGCUGUUGGCUGCAUUCUUGGCGAGCUCUACGGUAGGAGACCUAUAUUUAUUGGAGACAAUCAGAUGCACCAAAUCAAUGAGAUCUGCAAAAUAAUUGGCACACCUUCAAGAAAGGUGGUUCUAUCGUACGAAUCAGGCGCAGCUUGGGAUUUCUUCUGUAAUUCUAGGCCUAAUUAUGAGAAAAAAGAUUGGGUAGAACUCUUUCCACAUACAAACCCUUAUGCAAGAGACAUGCUCUCGAAACUAAUUUGUUGGGAAGUCAAUAACAGACUUACCGUUGGCCAAGCCCUCGAAAGUCCCUUCCUUAUUAAGGUGAGAAACUACGAUGAGGAGCCUGUUGCCAAAGAGCCUUUUGAUUUUAGUUUCGAGUGGAAUUCGACUUCUAUUGAGGAGAUGAAAUUAUUGCUCCAUAACGAGGUUGAGAAUUUCAAAAGUAGACUGCAUACUCAGUUCAAUAAAGAGUAG